CAGUAACAUUAUCGCAGUAAAUGAAUAUGUUAUCACAUUGAGAUAGUUGUUUAACUGGAGUAUGUAAUGUUAAAUGUUAUUCAUUGUGUUAUCAUAACCGCUAUAAGAAAGUGCACAAACUAACUGUAAAAUGUUGUUUGUGUUGAUUUCUUGCGUUCUUUUAGUUUUUAUUUUUUGGAAACUUAUGAAAAGGCAGACUCUUUGGCGCCAGAGGAAUGUGACGCAAGGUACAGCAAUUCCCAUAUUCGGGGAUAGCUGGAAGACGUUCCUAAAGCAAGAGUCAUUUGUGGAGAUGGUUCAAAGAAAGUACAACGAGUUUCCAUCUGCCAGAUAUACAGGAAUUUACCGCAUGUCUUUUCCUACGUUGAUGAUAAGAGAUCCAGAGUUGAUCACUCGCAUUGCCAUCAAAGACUUCGAUCACUUCACCGAUCAUCGAACGUUCUUCAGCGACCAGGCCGAUCCUUUAUGGAAUAAGAAUCUAUUCUCGCUUAGAGGUGAAAAGUGGAAGGAGAUGCGUGCAAUCUUGAGUCCAGUUUUCACAGGCAGCAAAAUGCGAUUGAUGUUUGAUUUGAUGAAAGCCUGUUCAGAUCAGUUCGUCGCUCAUUUCUUAGAGAGGUCGGAUGUUGUGCUGGAAGUAAGCGACGCAUUCACGAGGUUUGCGAACGACGUUAUAGCCAGUUGCGCGUUUGGUGUUAAAUGCGAUUCACUGAAGCAGCCAGAGAACGAGUUCUAUGCCAUGGGUAAGGAUGCGACCGAUUUCAGCACAUUGUCGAGAAAAUUUAAGAUUUUCUUUUUUUUUCUCGUGCCUAACAUAAGUAAAAAAUUUAAAUUUUCGAUAUUCAGCAGGAAAGUGGGAGAUUUCUUCAAAGGUUUGGUCAAAGAAAACAUUGAAAUGCGAGAGGUGAAUGGAAUAAAGAGAAACGAUUUAAUUAAUUUGUUAAUGGAGGCAAGGAAAAAGGAACUGUCGCAUGAAGACAUCACAGCCCAAGCUUUGGUAUUUUUUUUUGCAGGCUUUGACUCGGUUUCCACGCUUAUGAGUUUCCUUGCGUACGAAUUGGCCCUCAACCCUGAAGUCCAAGAUAAACUUCGCGAUGAAAUAGAUGAAACACUUAUCAGCUGUAAAGGCAAUCUGAGAUACGAAGAUUUACAAUCCAUGAAGUACUUGGAUAUGGUCAUAGCAGAAACGUUGAGAAAAUGGCCAUCAACAUUCGUCGUCGAUCGUGUAUGCGUGAAGCCCUACACCAUACCGGCUCUAGAAAAAUCAGAAUCGGAUCUACACUUGAAUGCAGGUGAUGUUCUUUGGUUGCCUAUAUUCGGUAUCCAACGAGAUCCUAAUUACUAUACAGAUCCUGAACGAUUCGAUCCUGAGAGGUUCAACGAUGAGAAUAAGGGACGGAUCGGAACAUCCACUUAUAUUCCUUUCGGUUUGGGGCCGAGAAACUGCAUCGGAUCUCGUUUUGCACUUCUAGAAACGAAACUGCUUUUCAUCCAAAUUCUCAGCAAUUUUAAGAUUGAGGUCGAUGCAGAAACUACUGUACCGUUGAAACUAGAUAGACAUAAAUUCGGAAUAACGUCCGAAGGUGGUUUCUGGUUGGGAUUUAAAUCCAGGAGACGUUCGAAAUAAGAAAAUGUAUAAAGUAAAUCUCAAAUAAAUUUAAUUAAUAUAGACAAGACAUUAAUAUAAAAAAAAAUGUUUUGGAUAAGAAAAGUAUAAAUUCUUAACCAUAUCUGUAAGCGAUUGAAGCUGGAAGAAUGUACCAAUGGUGUCACCCAAAAUUGGUUUUGGAAAUCCUUGCACAACAUUUUUAUAUUUCCAGUAAAGUUGUUGACUCACCGAGCCCAACCGAAUAAAUUUAAUUAAUAUACACAAGACAUUAAUAUAAAAAAAAAAUAUCAUUAAUAAAUAACUAAAGUUAGUCAGUAAAUAAAUAUUAUGUGGAAUGCACUGUUAUUUAAACAGUUCACAACUAUUAUUAUUAAAGCCUCAAUGGCUUGUAAAAAUUUCUUCAGAA